AUGGCAAUAGAAUUGCAAACAAUCGUGGAUGGUUUAAAUAAUGAACCAUUUAAAAUGAAUUUGAAUUUGAUCAACUUUGAUGCAAUAUCCAAUGAGCAAUUGCUGCAAAUUCUAAGCAAUGUGCUAUUAUGGAUCGAAGAAUUAGAUUCGAUAGAUAUCCGUGAAGAAGGUGCUGAUGUGACAGCACUUCGUUUAUUCAGUUCUCUUCGUGUCCUCAAAUAUCGUCCACCAGCUGAUAUCGAAAAAUUACAACAAUGGAGACGUAGUAUUGUGGAAGGUGAAAAAAUGGUAAUUUAUCCAAUAUUAGAAUGGAUUUUUAAAAAUGUGGAUGCAUUAAAAGAACGAGCAUAUUUGGCCAAAUAUCUCACAAGAAUUGAUGUCCCAGGCGCAUUUCAAGAUCCAGAAAUAAUUGAUUUAUCAAAUCAAAUUUCAAUUUUAAUGGAAGAAUUCAAAGAUGUACAUUCACAGGUUAUAGAAGCACGUAAAGAUUCAUUAAUGAUGGAGAAUAUACGAACUGAUUUAAACUCUAUGAAAAUUGAAAAAGAACAAUUGCGCAAUCGAAUUGAUAAAAUUGAACGUAAACUUAGUAAUGUAGCAAAUAUUGAACGUUUGCUACGAUUAGCUGAAAAGUGUCGAAUUGAAAAUGAACAAUUGGAAAAUGUUGAACGUCUUAAAUUGGAGCAACGAAACUUGAUUUUAUUCAAUGAGCAAAAGCUACAGCGUUUGAAUGUUUCACUUGAGGAAACGAAAAAUGCCGGUGACAAAGUUGACCCAACAGAAAGAAUGAAAGCUUUAAAGGAAGAAAUGGAAACAAAUCGUUAUAUGAUUAAUGAAAAAAUAUCAAAAGAAAUUGAAGCAAAACGAGUAAUUGUUGCUGAUUUGAGAAAAGUGGUUGAUAUUGCUGAUAUCAAUAAAAAUGAUAUUGCUGAACUACAACAAAAAAUUGAGAAAAUGAAUCAAGAAAUUAUGGAACUAGUAAAUGAGCGUGAUCGUAAAGAUGAGAACACAGAUAAAUUAUCAAUUUAUCGACAUCAAGCUUCAGUUGUUUAUAAGAAGAAAGCAAAACUAGUUGAAAAAUUACAAGAAGCACGUUUUGAAUUGCAAAACAUUACAAAUAUGGUAGAAACGAAGAAAAAUAAUUUACGAGAAAAAGAUGGUACAGAAUUUGUGAUUACAACCACGCAGUUUAAAAAUUACGUUAGCAAGUUACGCACUAAAACAACAGAUUAUAAGCGAAUGCAUGCUGAAAUAAAUGGCUUAAAGAAUGAGCACGCUAUACUGUCGCGUACUGCAGAAAUUCUUGCAAAUCAGUGGCAUACACUUAUGCAAAAAAUUGAAGAAAAUGGAGGACGAAUAAUUGAAAUAUCUGGCAUAAGUGAUGAUAGAAAGUCUGAAAUUGCAAAACCGGAAAUAGAUGAUGCGGAAAAGUUACGAGAAAUGAUUAAUGAAUCAAAUCAACAGAUUGAUUUGAAAAAAAUAACAAUUGAUACAUUAAAACAAUCAAACAUGGAAUUAAAUAAACAACUUACUGAUGCUACAGAACAUUUCAAUAUGAAAAAACAAAAUUAUGAAAAGUCUGAAGCAAAUUUUGAAAGUGCAUUUGUGGAAAUUGAAAAGAAUGUUAAAAAUAUGAAAGAUGAAAUGGAUACGAAAAAGCGGAAGAUUUAUCAUGCCGAAAUCGAACUGAAAGUGAUGAAAACUAUUUCGGAGAAGUUAAAACAAGAAGGAUUAAAAUUAAUUAAUCAAAUAGAGAAUGAAAUUAGUCGUGUCAACAAUGAAGUGGAAAUUUUGCAACGUUCAGAUCAAAGCAAUGGAUUAUCAGUAAAGGAAGCAACUGCUCAAGUAGCAAUGUGGCGAUCAUUGAUGAAAAUUUUUCAACUUAAAUUACAAAUAGCAGAAGAAGAAAGAAAAAAUGAAAUGUGA